CCCUCCUGAAAUAAGCAGACGCCUCAUAAUAUUCAAAAAGCUUCAAAAGCAAUCAGAUAAGCUAUAAGUUAUCCAUGCCAAGUGUGCAUUAAACUGACUAGCAGGCAGCAGGAAUUAAUCAAUCGACAACAAUAAAUAUAGAAAACUCACACUGUCUUAUCUGAAUGUGAUAGAGUGACCGCUUGUUUAAUACCAACAGCUGCUUUGCAUGUCCAGUCAGAUAUUUUUAGGGGUGACAAGCACAGAGGAGACUUGCACACAAGAUUUUAAAAGGCAAAAGGACAACAGCUCAAGCUCACUCCACACAAAACACUGUAAAGGACACACUUUUGAUGGCCAGAUUUGAUCACAUGGCUCUUGCGAUGAAGAGUGCAUGGAUAGCUGUGCUUUUUGUGAUAAUGGCAGCCAGACUGGGCGUCUCUCAGGAGGAGAACACAGAGCUGGCUGAGAAGGACAGCAGGGAACCUUGUGCCCGCUGGAUGAGGGGUGUUUCUGGAAGCCCAGGGUUCAAUGGAAUUCCCGGGCGGGAUGGACGUGAUGGGCAUGAGGGGGACAAGGGAGAUAUCGGAGAUCCAGGCUCCAAGGGACCAAAUGGAGAGCCAGGUGAACCAGGGGACGAGGGAUGUGCAGGCAAAAGAGGAUUUCCUGGAAACCCAGGUCUGAAAGGAGAAAGUGGAGAGGGUUCCUUUCCCUACCACUCGGCUUUUAGCAUGGGACUUACAGGUAAAAUCAGCCCCGCUAGUGGAGCUCCAAUCCGCUUUACAAAGACCUUCUACAAUGAGCAGAACCACUACGAUGACAUCUCUGGAAAGUUUCGCUGUGCAAUCCCUGGGAUCUACUACUUCACAUAUCACCUUACUAUCAACGGGAAGGAGACCAAGGUAGCGAUGUUCCAAAAUGGCCGGACUGUGGCCUUCACUCUUGACCAGUUCCACAACGGAAAUCUAGAUCAGGCGUCUGGAGGGAUGAUUUUAAAUCUGUCUGCUGGAGAUGAGGUUUGGCUUCAGUUGUAUGAUGACAUAUUUGAUGCAGGGAUUUAUGCUGAUGUCAACAAUGACUCCACCUUCUCUGGCUUCCUUUUGACUCCUAAAAUCUUAAGCAACCCAUUUGACAACCGCAGACGAUGACACCAUCUGUAUCCAAAUGUUCACUUAAUCUCAUUGAACAGUUUAAUGCAGCAUGCAAAGAUUAUUUGCAGUGCGUUUUAUAUAUAU